AACCAGAUACCGGGAAGACCUGCUUGCUGAAGGCCAUGCUCAACCUUCACAACGGCCGGAACGACACCAUUCCCCUCUUGCUGGAGAUCGCAGAGAAAACAAAGAACCUGAAGGAGUUUGUGAAUGCUGGCUACACAGACAGCUAUUACAAGGGUCAGACGGCCCUCCACAUCGCCAUUGAGAGACGCAACAUGUAUCUGGUGAACCUCUUGGUCAAGAACGGGGCGGACGUCCACGUGAGAGCCCACGGGGAAUUCUUCCAGAAGAUCAAGGGGAAGACUGGAUUCUAUUUCGGAGAGCUUCCUCUCUCUCUAGCCGCCUGCACCAACCAGCUCAACAUUGUCAAGUACCUCCUGGAGAACGCCUACCACUCCGCCAACAUCGCCGAGCAGGAUUCGAUGGGCAACACCAUUCUCCACGCCCUGGUGGAGAUUGCCGACAACACCGAGGAUAACACCAAGUUUGUCACCAAGAUGUACAACGAGGUGCUCAUCCUGGGGGCCAGCAUCAACCCCACGCUCAGGCUGGAAGAAAUCGCCAACCGCAGAGGGCUGACCCCGCUCACCUUGGCCGCCAAGACGGGGAAGAUACAG